CGGAGAGAAACAUGACAUGGGGAUGAGCGAGAGAGAGGGAGUGAGUGACACAGCCUGAUAGGAAUAAACGGCUCGUCAGAGGUCUGGACUCCAAACGCUAUGAUGGGGAGCCAUGACUGAAGGCAGAACGGAUUCUCUUCUCUGCAUCCCCAGUGUCUUCCUUUCCUCUGCUGCCUCUGAAGUCAUGGACUAGCCCACCGUCUGGUCCUGGCAGUUCUGUGGGUCAUCAGAUGGCUUCUCAACAACCCUCAGCGAAAAUACAGAAUAUGAGAACGUGAAGGCUGGCGUCCACCAAGGCCACCGCUGCACCUUGGGCAGCACACACACAUGAUCACAUGACUCUGGACAUGGACGCGGUCCUGUCAGACUUUGUUCGGUCCACCGGGGCAGAACCAGGUCUGGCAAGAGACCUGCUGGAAGGUAAAAACUGGGACCUCAGUGCUGCUCUAAAUGACUACGAGGAGCUCAGACAGGUCCACACUGCCAACCUGCCGCAGGUCUUUAACGAGGGCCGCUAUUACAAACAGCCAGAGACGCGUGACACGCCCACCCAUGUCAGCAAGAUCGACAGACCGUGUGCACAGAAGCAGGAGGACAAUGCACAAGAGAAGCGUCUCUCGCGUGGAAUCUCCCAUGCCAGCUCUGCUAUCGUCUCCCUGGCACGGUUGCAGGUGGCUAGUGAGUGUACCAGCGAGCAGUUCCCUCUUGAGAUGCCCAUUUACACAUUCCAGCUACCAGACCUCAGCGUCUACAGCGAAGACUUUAGGAGCUUCAUAGAAAGAGAUCUGAUAGAGCAGUCAACCAUGAUGGCUUUGGAGCAGGCUGGUCGUCUGAACUGGUGGUCUACAAUGUGCACCAGCUGCAAGAAGCUGCUUCCUCUGGCCACCACAGGGGAUGGGAACUGCCUCCUGCAUGCUGCCUCGUUGGGGAUGUGGGGCUUCCAUGACAGAGACCUGAUGCUGAGGAAGUCCCUGUACACCAUGAUGAAGAGCGGAGCGGAGAGAGACGCUCUGAAGAGGAGAUGGAGGUGGCAGCAAACGCAACAGAACAAGGAGUCGGGGCUGGUGUACACCGAAGAGGAGUGGGAGAAAGAGUGGAACGAACUGCUAAAGUUGGCCUCCAGCGAGCCUCGAACUCACCUCAGCAAAAACGGGAACACCAGUGGAGGGGUGGAUAACUCAGAGGAUCCGGUCUAUGAGAGUCUGGAGGAGUUCCAUGUGUUUGUGCUGGCCCACGUGCUACGCAGGCCAAUUGUAGUGGUGGCUGAUACAAUGCUCAGAGACUCGGGAGGAGAAGCGUUUGCUCCCAUCCCGUUUGGAGGGCUCUAUCUGCCCCUCGAGGUGCCCCCGAGCCGCUGUCACUGCUCCCCACUGGUCCUGGCCUACGAUCAGGCGCACUUCUCCGCACUGGUGUCCAUGGAGCAGAGAGACCAGCAGCGCGAGCAAGCUGUUAUCCCUCUGACCGACUCGGAGCACAAGCUGCUGGCACUCCAUUUUGCCGUGGACCCCGGCAGGGAUUGGGAGUGGGGGAGGGACGACAAUGAUAAUGCCAAGCUAGCCAAUCUCAUCUUGUCUCUGGAGGCCAAACUAAACCUGCUGCACAACUACAUGAAUGUAACAUGGAUCCGAAUUCCAUCUGAAACAAGGGCUCCCCUGGCUCAGCCAGAGUCUCCCACAGCCUCCGCAGGUGAGGAUGUCCAGUCUCUGGCCGAGUCCAUGGACUCUGACCGCGAGUCUGUCGGCAGCAACUCGAACGUCAACACUGGCAAGCCAAGCAAGGAGAAGGAUAAAGACAAGCAGCGAAAAGACAAAGACAAGAGCCGGGCCGACUCUGUAGCCAACAAACUAGGUAGCUUCAGCAAAACCCUUGGAAUCAAGCUGAAGAAGAACAUGGGAGGUCUGGGUGGCCUUGUUCAUGGCAAAAUGAACAAAUCUAACUCUGGCUCAGGUCGCAGUGGGGAGAACGGAGGGGAAAAGGCAAAGAAAAAGGAGUCUAAGUCAACCAAGGGAAGCAAGGAGGACUCGGGCCAGUCUGCAAGCUCCACUUCUUCUGAGAAGGCCACUAGUCCUUCCCCUACGGACAGAGACAGACCCUCCAGCUCCUCGCCCACUGAGAGACAGGACAGUGCAGGUAAAGGCUCAGGGGACAAGACCCUGGAAAACUGGAAAUACAGCACCGAUGUCAAGCUCAGCCUCAACAUCCUACGGGCUGCCAUGCAGGGGGAGCGUAAGUUCAUUUUUGCAGGACUCCUGCUCACCAGCCAUCGACACCAGUUCCACGAAGAGAUGAUCAGCUACUACUUGACAAACGCCCAGGAGCGCUUCAGCCAGGAGCAGGACCAAAAAAGGAAGGAGGCCGAAAAGAAGCCCGCUGUCACCAAUGAGGUAGCUGUCAAGAAGCCUGAGCAUGAGAGUGUCUUCCAGAGGGAGAGAUCAGACAGCUCACCUCCGGAGAGCUGCUCUCCCAUCCUGCCUCACCACACACACACCUAUAACAACUCCCAGCCCCCGCUGGGUCUCAAGAUGCAGGGCAGGAACAGUCCCACUCCCGCAGCGCCUCUUGCCUCUGUCCCGGCCCCUCCUCUCACCCCACCUCCAUCCUUGCACCAUGUCUCUCACCCGGCCCCAACCCCUGCGCCUUACUCCUCCCCCAGUAUUGGUGCUAAGAGACCUGGGCCUGUUCCUGUGUCUGCCCACUACAGCCAUACACCGCCCAUCCAGAGGCACAGCGUGAUCCACUUACAAGAUGUCAACAUGCAAUCCUCCAUCUUCCAAGAUGACCCCUACAAGCCUGUGGUGGGCACUCUAAAGACAUGCGCCACCUACCCCCAGCAGAACCGCACACUUUCAUCCCAGAGUUACAGCCCUGCUCGCCUGUCAGGGGUCCGCACUGUUAACACCAUAGAUUCGCUGUCCUACAAUAUGCCUGGCGAACACAAGUCCCACACCUACACCAAUGGAUUCGAUGCGGGAGACAUUCAGGACUGCCUUGAGUUUGCCGAUGAGGACAACUCAUCUCACACCUGGCUCAACCAAGAUAAAACCAAAGGGCGGAGCUCUGGAAGCCCUUUGUACUGCUUUCAGCAGCGCCGCUGCAAGAGGGAGAACUGCUCCUUCUACGGUAGGCCAGAGACAGACAACUACUGCUCCUACUGCUACAGAGAGGAGGUGAAACGCAGGGAGAGGGAGAGCAAAAUGCAGAGGCCUGUAUAGCCAUCACCGCUACUUCAGCUUGUCAACAAGUCUGCAGGAGACCUGAGGGAACAACACCAUCUGCACUCUGCAUUUAGAAUAACAUGAUGGCAAACAUUAUCCUGUUUUGUUGAAGAAUGCUUGUGUAUUCCCGUCGCCCUUCCCUUGUUAGUAAAGGUUAUUACUUUAUGAUGGGGGAAGCAGAACUUGAAACAGUGAGCAGCUUUGGCCAGAUAUCGUAGUUUUGUUUGACUUCUGUCUCAUUCAAUUUAGUCUUUUACUUGUUUUAGAGUAAAAGUCAUCUCUGUGAUGUAACUUUCUGUAUGUGGAAAGGAAAUUUCUUUAUUUUUCAAAGUGCAGAACAUUUGCAUCUCGUCAGGAAGGAACAUUUUAUCUCUUUUAAUCAGUUUGAAUGCAAUACCUCUGCUCGGUCCUUCAAAAUCUCUGUGGAAAAAAAAUUUGUAGUUGUUUUGCAAUCAAUAUAAAUCUAAUGAGGGAAUAAUAUUAGAAUUUCAAGCAAUAAAUUGGUGAUUCUUUUGCUACACCCUCUCUCAAUUUUGUCUAUGCACCAAUAAUAUAGUUACUGUAGGUUAACUGUGUCUUGUACAUUGUAAAAGAUCGUCAGUGUGCUUUUGUAAACCAAUUUGAACUACAGGAAUUGAAAUGUGUAAGCAUUAUAGAUUGUAAUGUCGGAUUAGGAUGAAAUGUAAAACUCUCAUAUGUGAAGUGUACCUUUGUUCUAGCCAAGUUGCAAAGGUUUGCCGUUUCGGAAUUGGACUCAAACUAUUGUGUAAGACAUUGUUUCACAUUAUUGCCCGUAGUCAACCUCCUAAAAGUCCACAAGCACUGCCAAACUGGCUUCUUAAAAGAAAAAAAAGUACAGUUCAGAUUUUCAAAAUGUUUCUUUUUUGUGCCAAACACUGAACAAUGUGCAUAGGAUGAUUUGCUUCUCAAAUAUGCAGUGCUUAUGGUGUGUUUCUCUGAGUUGCCUGUUGACUGCGCUACUUGGUAAAUGUGUUAGAUGAGAAGAACUGCGAGUAGUGAGAGCAGGUCGAUGUGUGUUUGUCUGAAGUGUUUUUACGUGUCUGUUGCCCCCGACACACACACACACACACACACACACACACACACACACACACACACACACACACACACACACAACACAACACAAUGUGCAAUCAUGCUACUAGCACUAUGUGGUGACAUGCAGUAUAGAUGUGUCACCGGUCCAGUGUGAGAUUGUUCUUCUUCCAUAUCUAGAGGCCGUUAAAAAGAAGCACCUGCUGCUAUGAGCACCACAAGCCUUUGUGAUCAUCAGUGCUUUAACCAAUCAGAGGGGCUUUUCCAAAAAAACAACAACAAAAAAACACACAAAAAAGAAACCCCAGGCCUCCAAGUGCUUUCUGCUCAUUUGACAUGACUACUGUAAAGACGCAGUGUUUGUGUUGCUGUUUGUUCUGGUGAUGCUUGGAUAAUGUACCAUGCUGUCCUUAACUUAGUGUGUCCUGGCCAAGGAUGUCCACUGCUCUCUCAGUUUGCUUCUGUCUCUCUCCUGUACACACUGCAGUGUUGCUCCUCUUUGUUUCUAUGUGACGACUAGUUCAUGGACUCUCCACCAUGUUUAGGACUGUAAGAUAUGAUUUUGUAUUUCUUUAAGAGUUUUACACUACUUUAAAUUAUUGAUUUGCACAUUAGGUACGAAUGUAAAUAUGAAAAAAAAAGAAUAGUUUAUUGUUACAAAUGUGGUGUGUCUGUGUUAUUUUUGUUUAGCU